AUGCCUCUUAUCACCUUCACAGGGUUCCCUUCCUCGGGAAAAACCACAUGGGCCAAGCAGCUCCAAGCAGCUUUGGAAGCCAAAAUCGAGGCUGCCAAAAAAACCAAUGAUCCGGGCCACAACUAUUCCGUCAUAUACCACUCCGAUGAGACCUUGGGCAUAUCCCAUGAUGCCUACAAGGAAUCCAACCCAGAAAAGAACGCUAGAGGCACCCAGAUGUCCGCAGUGAAAAGAGACCUCUCCAGAACCAAUUUCGUUAUCCUCGACUCCUUGGCCUACAUCAAAGGGUUCAGAUACCAACUCUUCUGUGAGGCCAAAGGGGUGGUGACUCCCCACUGUGUGGUCCAGGUCCUCAACCAGUUGGACAAGUGUCUCGAGUGGAACUCCAAGAAAGACAACCCCUGGGACGAGGAGUUGAUGAAACAAUUGCACAUGAGAUACGAGGAGCCAAACGGUGAUAGUAGGUGGGACUCGCCGUUGUUCACGGUGGCUUCAGGCUACGAAGGAGAAGAGUUGCCCAUCGAGGCCAUCUGGGACGCCUUGGUGUUGAAAAGAGCCCCACCUCCCAAUGCUGCCACCUUGAUUAAAUCUACCGGUGGUAACAAUUUCUUACAAGAGCUUGAUGGGCGUACCAGAGACGUGGUGGGGAAAAUCGUCCAACACCAAGCCUUGAUGGCAAUCGGAGGAACUGUGCGCAUCGACAAAGACUUGGAGAUAGAAAUGCCUCUGUGGCCAGUGAGUACGGCCCAAUUGCAAAGAAUAAGAAGAAGUUACAUUACAUUGAACAGAAUGAGAACGGUCGAAGUUGACCGUAUCACCAACUUGUUCGUGGACUACGUCAACAAGAGUCUUGAAACUGAGCACUAG